UGCAGGGGUGUGGGUGGGCCUGGUCCGCGAGCGGGACGCUAGUGCUACCUGCGGGUCCACCGCAAUGCAUCCGCGCCUGAAAGCCGUCGAGGGGAGUAGGACCCCCAGAUGACUUGCUGAUUUGCCCGCCCUUCGAGAUCUUCCGUUCCUUGAGGACAGGAUCUGAAUGUGAUUCAGGCGUAUCUCUUACUGACAAAGCAGCACAAUGGACAACACAGCAAAAGCAAAUAAAAAAGAUAUUCAAAGUGGGCCACCCAAAGAAAUCCAACUGCCUACCAGUGAAGCGCUUCUAGAGUAUCACUGUCAGAUAAAGGAAAAUGCAGUAGAACGAUUUAUGGCUCAAAUAAAGAGACUUAGAGAAAAGAACCAAAAGUUUCAUGAAAGAAACAGACACUUGAAGGAUGAACAGACUUGGCACAUACGGAACCUACUAAAGGAGCUGAGUGAAGAGAACUUGGGGGGAUCACCAGUUGUAACAAGAGAAGAUGUUGAAGAAGCAAUGAAGGAAAAAUGGAAGUUUGAAAGAGACCAGGAAGAAAACUUGAAAGAUAUGCGCAUGCAAAUUAAUAAUGCUGAGAAAGCAUUUCUUGAGAAACUCAGUGAGAAGGAAUACUGGGAAGAGUACAAGAAUGUAGGGAGUGAUCAACAUGCGAAACUGAUUAUCACCUUACAAAAUGACAUCAAUACAGUUAAAGAGAAUGCGGAGAAAAUGUCAGAACACUAUAAAGUCACUCUGGAAGAUGCUAGAAAGAGAAUAACCAGAGAAACUUUGUUGCAACUGGACCAAAAGAAGGAAUGGGCCGCACAGAAUGCUAUCAAGUUCAUUGACAAAGGCAGCUACAUAGAGAUCUGGGAGAAUGACUGGCUAAAAAGAGAGAUUGCAAAUCAGAGGAAGGAAGUUGAAGAAUUAGAAAAUACUAUUCAUAAACUGGAAGAAGAAAACUUGGAGCUUAUUGGUCAACUAUUCAACUGUAGACUUGUGGAUCUCAAAAUACCCAGGCGAUUGUAUCUUACUCAAGCUGCUGGACUGGAAGUGCCACCUGAAGCACCUUUGGAGUUGCCAGAAACAUUUAAAGAGGAGUCAAAAUCGCAGUCUGCAGAAGUAGAAAGCAGAGACGAGAGGAGCUCAUCAGCCGAGAGCAGGGCCUUCCGUGCCGGUCAUGAGGACAGUUGCAGGUACAGCAAGGACCUGAAGACAGAUGAGGAAAGUGAGUCCUGCAUAGAGUUUGGGGCCUCUGAUAUGAAGUGCUUACUGUAUGAGGACGAGCAGGAUUUCAAGGAUUAUGUAAACUUGGGUUCCCUGCAAGUGAAGCUCAUGAGUGUGGAGAGCAAGAAAAUGCCCAUUCAUUUUCAAGAGACGGAAACUCCAGUCAAAUUCUGUGAAGAUGUCAAGGGCCCAGAAAGCUACAUCACAUACAGAAUGAUGAAGUCUUUUCUCUAAGACUAAAAGCUGCAAAGUAAAAAUAACUUUUCCUUGUGAAUUUUCAUUGGGAGCAGAGGUAUAUCACUUGCCCAUUUUAUUUACACUUUGGUCCUUUAUUAAACCAGCUGUUAUUUCUAAAGGUCAUAAUGACAUUUAAAAUCAAAGCUCUAAGUAUUCAGCUGUUCAUUUAUCUGCAUGGCAUGAGUGACAAAAAUGAAAGUACACUUUAUAUUUCCAUAUCCAAGUAUUCAGAAGCAUGAUAAUGGGCCCAAGAUGGUUUCUGAGUCUCCUUACCACUUAAAAACUGCUGAUUAAUCUAUCAUUCCAAUAUGAAAUAGUUCAAUUAGAAAUUUUCUAAGACAAAUUUAGAAGUUUGGAUAGCACUGAUUUCAACUCUUUCCCUCUGAGGGUGCCAGUCAGAAUUCAAGACUAUUUUUCUCUUAUCUAACACUACUUACAAUAAAUAUAAAACACUUUGGAAACAAA